AUGGCCGCUAGAAACGCAGAUUCGAUGAACGAGAAGCAAGGCGAGUUCAUGCCUCGCAAGCCUCGUGAUGAGCCCAUGACCACGAAAGGUCAUCAACUUGGUCAAAUAGUCUCAGAAAAAGAUAAGGCUGAAGAAUUCACUGCCAAAACCCUGCCGCCUGGCUCCGCCCCCAAAGACCGCACAUUCCAACCAAAUAACAUAUCUGAGGUUCCAAGCCAAGCAAACAACCCAGAUGUCCUUCCCGACGACGACAAAGAAACCACAUACACUUCGGCCUCAGAUACGCUUGGUGGAGCAACCUCAAAGGAUGUGAACAAGGGGCUAGGUCGCCCUAUGCAAGGUGAGACGAGCACAGAGAUCAGGCAUGAUGGGAAGCAUCAUCGCAAACGAGAGGGAGCGGGCUUGGAAGGGGUAGGAUCGAGCGGAGACCACGGCAUGGAAGAUCCAAAGUACAACCCGGAUCCCAAUGAUGAUCAUCCAGAAGGACCAAUUCCAGGUAGAGAGCAUAAUGCGGUGCUGCCAGGUGGAGAAGACAUGUUGCCAGAGAAGGCAGGGGAGUUCUCCAAGUCGGACAAAGAGGAGAAAGUGAGGUAG